ACUAAAAGAGUUUUGUUCUUAUUUAUUAAAGCAACGUGAUCAUUUAGUACAAGAUUUUGAAUUUCAACAUGAGAAAAAAGUUAAUCAUUUGAAGAAAGAAAUGGACGAGCUGCAGAGAUUAUUAAAUUCCAAAAUUCAAGAAUCAGAACAAUUACGAAACAGACUUGCAAAAUUUCAACCAAAUUGUGAGGAAAUACCAAAUGAGAAAAGGCCUGACUCUGAAAAUAGGAAACUAGCACUUCAGUUGCAACAUUUAAAAGAAGAAAAAUCACAGUUAGAGAAGUGGAAUUCAAUUUUAAAUGAAAAGGCUGAUAUAAAUAAAAUUAAGAGAGAUCAUGAAAUAGAACUAGCUGCUAUUAAAAACCAGUAUGAAAGUAAAAUUUUAGAUUUGGAAAAAGAAAUUGAAAUUUUAAAGAUCAAUUUAUCACAAAUAGAGGAAGAAAAAAAUAAUUUCAAAGAAUUAAAUGAUGUCCUUUUGGACCAGAGAGAAGCAUGGAACAAAGAACAAAAUGAAUAUCAGAAAACUAAAUUAACAUUACAGGAGAAAAUAAAAGCAGCUGAAGAAUUAGAAGCAAGACUUCAGGAGAAGAUAAACAAAUAUGACAGUCGUCUUGCAGUAAUGGAACGAGAGCAUCAAGAAGAAAUUUCAAAAUUGCAGUUGCAAAUAUUUGGGCUAACAAAAUCUGGGUGUCAUAAGGAAAAUAAGGCAGGAGAGAUGGUCCCCACAGAAAGGUCUCUUAAGACACGAAAUAUACUGAAAUGUCUUAAACAAACAGAGCAAAUUAAGGUUAUUGAGUAUAAUUCAGAAAAUAUGGAAAGAAGUUCUCGAAAUCCAAAUCCUUAUAUCAUGAAGCAGCGACUUAAAAUUCCAGGAUAUGUCAGAAAAUAAAUAUUCUGUGUUCAUCUGUAUAUUUCAAGUAUGUUUUAAAUGUAUUCCUGUUGAAGGUUCUAAGAAAGGCAUUUUAUCAGCACAUUCAGUGACCCAACAGUUUAGUGCAAAAAUUAAUGUAUUCAUUGCAUCUGCAUUUGGUAAUUACAUUUCUAAUGAGAGAUUUCAGUCAUUUUCACAACUUUAAUCAAAAUCUCAGACUGCAGAAUCUAUCGCUAGAUCUGUUUCUUUUGACUUGAUUCUUUAAAAGUGUUAUGCAGUAUUUUGCUGUCUAGUACAUUUUCUGGUUAUGCAAUGUGCAAACAAAUGAUUGUAAAGAUUAUAAAAAGCUGCUGCUGUGAUAAAAUAAUUGUGAAAAGAUUACUCUAAAAAUGCAGUUUAAUUUAUAUCAUAAUGAAAGAUGAGUAAAUCUAAUGCCCAAAUCUUCUUGUUAAUUUCAUGUUACUGCUGUAGAGUGAAGUUGCAACACUAUGAAGGACAUAAAUUACAAUGCAAAUAUGUAUAGGAGUGAUGAUAUAUCACACUAAGUAGAAAGAUUCAGUCAAUAAACCCAGAUAUCAAAAGAAAUGAGUUAAAUUCAGAUAUCAGUGCUCAUUCAGCUGACCAUCAGUUUGCCAAAUCUCUGGUUGAUUUGAUAACUUUUUCUUAGUGUUGCAAUUUCAACCAAAUCACUUAUUUUAUUACUCUAAUAUAUCAUUUGUUAAUUACAUAAGUUGAUUUUAAUGUAAAUGUCAGUAUUGCAUUCUAAAUCCAUUACAAUUAAUAUAUUUGUAGACUAUAACAGUAAUUCAUGAUUCUGUGUCAUAGAGCUAUUUUGAUAAUAACUGUUCUGAAAUUAUUUUGUAUAAAAUUUUUACAAAAAUUAUCAGUAUACUUAUGAUAUAAAAGAUAAAUUAUUUUUCAUAUGUAAAUAUAUAUAAA